AUGGGUGACUUUGAUAGUGCUACAGAUUCUCCUCAAAUCCCCAACGUAUCUCAGGAAGAGCCUACGUUUAAGUUAGGAACUUUCUCGAUAGAUGAGUACAGACCUAUCAAAGUUGUGGUCAUCGGUGCGGGCUUCAGUGGGAUCGCUGCGGGAAUAAGAUUUCCGCAAAGGGUCCAGAAUCUUGAUCUCACUAUCUACGACAAGAAUGCUGGAAUAGGUGGGACGUGGUUCAGCAACAAGUAUCCCGGGCUUGCGUGCGACAUUCCUGCUCACUGCUACCAAUAUACCUUUGAAGAGAAAACGGAUUGGUCGAGUUUCUAUGCUGCUGGUCCGGAAAUCCGUUCCUAUCUGGAGGGCGUCGUGGACAAGUACAAACUGAUGCGUUACAUCAAACUGCGGCACCAAGUCGUCCAUGCACAGUAUGAUGAGCCGAGCGGGAAGUGGUACCUGCGUAUUCGCAGACCCGUGCUGCCGUGCACGAACUCGGACGAGGAACAAUUCGAGGAGUUCGAGGAUGUGGCCGACUUCCUGUUUACAGGUAUUGGUAUACUUAGUAGGUGGACUUGGCCCGACAUCGAAGGCUUGAAAGACUUCAAGGGGAAGUUGUUCCAUAGUGCGGACUUUGAGGUAGGGAAUCAGACAUGGCAAGAAGCAGCGGAGGGUUGGAAGGACAAGAAGGUUGGCGUAAUUGGAGUUGGCUCCAGUGCGAUUCAGAUUGUGCCAGCUAUCCAACCGAUGGUCGCUAAGCUGUCAAACUAUGUUCGUGGCAAGACUUGGCUCGCGACAUCGUGUUCCGGAGCAAAGUUUGCAGAAUUGUUGAAGCGGGACCCGACUGCAGAAAAUUAUACAUUCAGUGAAGAUGAUAAAAAGACGUUCAAGAAUCCGGUCUAUUAUAAGCAAUUCAGGCAUGAACUCGAGUCGGAUGUCAACUCAACUCAUUCGUCGAUUCUCAAAGGAUCUGAGGGUCAGCUGGCCGCCCGCACCAUUUUUGCUGACAAUAUGAGAAAGAAAUUAGUGAAGAAGCCAUGGAUUGCGGAUCAUUUAAUCCCGAACUUCUCGGUGGCCUGUCGACGACUGACGCCUGGUCCUGGCUAUCUGGAAGCUUUGUCGCAGGACAACGUUGACUUUGUCACGACGCACAUCAAGCAAAUCACGCCGACUGGAAUCGAGACCGUCGAUGGUAAACACAAUGAUCUGGACAUCAUCAUAUGUGCCACUGGAUAUGACCCGAGCUUUCAACUCGAAUUUCCUAUCAUCGGACGAGACGGCAUGGAUAUUCGUGAUAAAUGGAGUCCCCAUCCCGUGACAUACUUGGCUGUCUGCGUUGACGGAUUUCCGAACUGGUUCUUUUCCUUGGGACCUAAUUCAGGCGUGGGGGCUGGAUCGCUACUCGUGAUAAUUGAACGUCAGGUCGAGUAUGCAGUUGAGGUGGUGAAGAAACUGCAGAGAGAAUGGCUGAAGAGCAUCGAAGUCAAGAGAGAAGCUCUGGAAGACUUCGAUGAGUAUCUCGAGCAUUACUUCCCUAAGACUGUUUAUAGCGAUAAGUGCCGCUCAUGGUACAAGUUGGGCCAAGAAGAUGGGCGUGUUGUUGGUUUAUACCCUGGAUCUACCCUGCAUGCAGUACUCGCCAUUAAGUAUCCGCGCUGGGAAGAUUACACAUAUGAGCCUGUCAAUGGCAUCAAGAACCGACUGUACUGGCUGGGCGAUGGUCAGACUCACAACGAGAAGACCAUGACAGGCGAUAUGGCAUGGUACUUGAAUGACGACGAGGUUGACAUUCCUCCAGUCCCCGAGGAUUGA